UUACUCCGUCCUUCCCUCUCUCUCCCUCUCUCUCUCUCUCUCUCUCUCUCUCUCUCUCUCUCUCUACUCUCUCUCUCUCUCUCUCUGUCUCAGAAGCACAGGGCGGCCGACAGACGCAGAGAGGCAGGUCUCCUCACUGCAGCUCCAGGCCUAUAUCUUCCUAUCUGAGCCACUAUGAACCUUGUGAACAGCAGCCAGUGGUUCCUGACCCAGCCGUCUCCCAGCCCAGCAGGACCCAGUAAAGGACUGGGUUGUAGUAAUACCUGGCAGGCAGAGACAGGCCGCAUCACUCAGAUGGUAAUCACCGUGCUCAUCUUCCUGGUGGGCGUGUCCUUGAACAGCCUAGUGGUGUAUGCGUUGGCCUGGCGUGGGCGUGGCCGCCUGACGAGGCGUGGCAGCUUGGGCCAAGGGGAGACGCGCGGCGCCAGCAGCUUCCGUGUCUACGUCGUGAACCUGGCGCUGGCUGACCUGGUCCUCCUCCUCCGCACGCCUCUGAUGCUGGCGUACCUGGCCCACAGCUGUAGCUGGCCCGUGGGGAGACUGGCCUGUCGCCUGGUGGUAUUCCUGAGAGGCCUGGGACUAUACGCCGCAGCCUUCCUGCUGUGUGCCGUGGCUGUGGAGAGAUGUCUGUGUCUCCUCAGGCCGGUCUGGUCCAGUCUGAAGCGUCCUCGCUGGGCAGUUCCCCUGGUGUGUGGUCUCCUCUGGGGUCUGGCUGCUGCCCUGGCUACCCCUUACCUCCACACUGCCGACCUGCUGGAGCUCAACGGUACUACCCAGUGUCUGGAGAGCCUGGGGUACAGCACGGGGCUGUUUGUGACCGAGACGGUGGCCGGGUUCCUCCUGCCACUAACGGUGUUCCUGGUGAGUAACGUAGCCGUGCUGUGGACCGCCAGGCAGGCGGGGGUCGCCGGACCGACCUCUCCAUCCUCCUCUUCUUCCUUUUCGGCGACUGCGAGACAGAUGGCCAGGCUGUACCGGGUCCUCUUCCUCACCAUGCUCCUCUUCCUCUCCUGCUGGGUCCCCUACUUUACCUGCCGCUUCCUGCGGGCGCUGGCUGCAGGGCGGCCUGACCGGGCGGGGCUCUACCGGGCGUCGUUCACAGGGGCGUACGUCUCUCUGUUCCUGGUGUACCUGAAGAGCUCCCUGAACCCUGUCCUCUACGUGUUCGCCGCCCGAGGCCUGGGGCGAACCGUCCGCGCCUCGCUCCCCUCCACCAUCGAGAGAGUCUUCAACGAUGACUAUUCUGACUCCAGGAGUAGACGGACCCUAAGGAGGGAGGAUUCACAGAUCUAGUGCCCUAAAAAGCCCUGUUAGGGACCGUACAUAUGGGAGAUUCACAGAUCUAGUGCUCCACAGUCCUGUUAGGGACCUUGCAGUUUUACUAGCAGACUGUAGAGAUCCAUUGUGAUUUCUGGCCAACAUGAACUCAGACGUUACAGGCUUACUUCAGCCCUGUGUGGACUACAUGGACUGCAUUAUUAUAGCUAUAGGCAUUAUCUUAGACUGGGUGACAGUCUUGCUUCAGCGCUGUCUGGACUACAUUAUUAGGACUAUAUUGCAUUAUCUUAGGCUGGGUGACAGGCUUGCUUCAGCCCUGUCUGGACUACAUUAUUAGGACUAUAUUGCAUUAUCUUAGGCUGGGUGACAGGCUUGCUUCAGCCCUGUCUGGACUACAUUAUUAGGACUAUAUUGCAUUAUCUUAGGCUGGGUGACAGGCUUGCUUCAGCCCUGUCUGGACUACAUGCAUUAUCUUAGGCUCGGUGACAGGCUUGCUUCAGCCCUGCAUGGACUACAUUAUCAGGACUAUAUUGCAUUAUCUUAGGCUGGGUGACAGGCUUGCUUCAGCCCUGCAUGGACUACAUGUAUAUAUUAUAACUAUAGGCAUUAUCUUAGGCUUGCUUCAGCGCUAUCUGGACUACAUUAUUAGGACUAUAUUGCAUUAUCUUAGGCUGGGUGACAGGCUUGCUUCAGCCCUGCAUGGACUACAUGUAUAUAUUAUAACUAUAGGCAUUAUCUUAGGCUUGCUUCAGCGCUAUCUGGACUACAUUAUUAGGACUAUAUUGCAUUAUCUUAGGCUGGGUGACAGGCUUGCUUCAGCGCUGUCUGGACUACAUUAUUAGGACUAUAUUGCAUUAUCUUAGGCUGGGUGACAGGCUUGCUUCAGCGCUGUCUGGACUACAUUAUUAGGACUAUAUUGCAUUAUCUUAGGCUGGGUGACAGGCUUGCUUCAGCCCAAUGACGUCAUCAGACCUGGGCUUUCGGGGAUUUAGCCCCGAUCUACACAGCAUUACACACUGCAACGAACUCUCCAAUCAUGAGCCCUGUCCUGGCCUGCCUCUUCAGUGAUGCCUAAAACCACCAUUUCUGUGUACGGUGGCACUUUAGGAGGCCGGAGUCACAGUGGUUUCUCAAAGUCAUUUUUGAUUCGCCCAAAAAAAGCAUGGAACAUAUGAGCCACGUUGGGCAGAACCAAGCACGACUUAGCGAGAUCCUAUUGGCUCGUUCUAUUAUCAUCUGCAUAUUUCUGUUAGGGAACGCCUCCUCUGUGAAGUGCGCAUGUGCAAUAAAUUAAUUCGCCUUUACACUCCGAAAACAACGCGAUUAAAAAUAAAAGUUUUGCAAAUGUUCAAGUCUACAAACCUUAGUCUACUUCGUUCAUAAGAUAUUCUAGUUUUGGGAACAUAAAACUUUAUUGAAAAUGUUGGCCAAAAUCCAUCUCGUUCCGUCUUCUCCCAUUUGCCCUCCAGUGGGCUUCCUCUCAGUCCCACGGAAAUAUCUCAUUGUUCUGUGGCCGAAAAAAAGGAGAAAGAGAACAAGAGCGAGGUCAGCUUUGUCAGCGUGUUAUUAAUAUAGGCCACAAUGAUGAUGUUAUUCAGAGUUAUUGACCUCACAGUAAACCAGAUUCGAGUCAUUUACAAUUCAACAUGUUGAUUCAAAAGGUGCACUGACAGAUAACGUUAAAACUAACUAACGUCAGGGAGUACCCAAUCUAGCUAUAACGUUAAAACUAACUAACGUCAGGGAGUACCCAAUCUAGCUAUAACGUUAAAACUAACUAACGUCAGGGAGUACCCAGUCUAGCUAUAACGUUAAAACUAACGUCAGGGAGUACCCAGUCUAGCUAUAACGUUAAAACUAACGUCAGGGAGUACCCAGUCUAGCUAUAACGUUAAACUAACGUCAGGGAGUACCCAGUCUAGCUAUAACGUUAAACUAACGUCAGGGAGUACCCAGUCUAGCUAUAACGUUAAACUAACGUCAGGGAGUACCCAGUCUAGCUAUAACGUUAAAACUAACGUCAGGGAGUACCCAGUCUAGCUAUAACGUUAAACUAACGUCAGGGAGUACCCAGUCUAGCUAUAACGUUAAACUAACGUCAGGGAGUACCCAGUCUAGCUAUAACGUUAAACUAACGUCAGGAGUACCCAGUCUAGCUAUAACGUUAAAACUAACGUCAGGGAGUACCCAGUCUAGCUAUAACGUUAAAACUAACUAACGUCAGGGAGUACCCAGUCUAGCUAUAACGUUAAAACUAACUAACGUCAGGGAGUACCCAGUCUAGCUAUAACGUUAAAACUAACUAACGUCAGGGAGUACCCAGUCUAGCUAUAACGUUAAAACUAACUAACGUCAGGGAGUACCCAGUCUAGCUAUAACGUUAAAACUAACUAACGUCAGGGAGUACCCAGUCUAGCUAUAACGUUAAAACUAACUAACGUCAGGGAGUACCCAGUCUAGCUAUAACGUUAAAACUAACUAACGUCAGGGAGUACCCAGUCUAGCUAUAACGUUAAAACUAACGUCAGGGAGUACCCAGUCUAGCUAUAACGUUAAACUAACUAACGUCAGGGAGUACCCAGUCUAGCUAUAACGUUAAAACUAACGUCAGGGAGUACCCAGUCUAGCUAUAACGUUAAAACUAACUAACGUCAGGGAGUACCCAGUCUAGCUAUAACGUUAAAACUAACGUCAGGGAGUACCCAGUCUAGCUAUAACGUGAACGACGCUGGACCAAUUGUAGGGACUCCCAAUCACGGCCGGAUGUGAUACAGCCUGGAAUCGAGCCGAGGACUGUAGUGACGACUCUUACACUGACAUCAGUGCCUUAGACAACUCAAAUCCAAUCCAACUGCUGAAGCUCUGUUCACCACCCGACAAAAGUAUAACUAACCAAUUACUGUUUAAUCAGGUACUGUAAUGUUCUACAUUACUGAUAAAGAUGACGUUAGCCACUUUUGGCAGCUUCAGCUCAAUCAGCUUUCUGUUGAAAAAACAGUUUUUCCCCCAAUUUAUAGACGUUGGACAUACGGAACUGAAGAUGCAACUCAACAAACACGGUUGUUGUAUUUGCAGCAGUAAGUGAAUAGUUUGUGUUUACAAUGAUUUAUCAUCUCGCUACAUGGUAGAUGGGUUGGCUGCCAACGAUGGGCGCUCCUCAGCCUGUUGUGGUUCUGGAUGGCCAGACUGCUCGCAAGAGAGACACUGUCAUGGGAGGAAUCAUACAGGGCUUAUUUCAGCAUGUUGCAGCUUGUUAUUGAUACCAUGUUGUGUUUUGAGGUGUUUUGACUGAUUUCAUGUCAAUGCAAAUGUAUUUAAAAAAAAAAAAAUAACUUGUGUGAUAACUUGCUCACCGUCAACUGUAAUGAUGUAUUUGAAACAACAAGUGGUCAUUGUGCAAAUGUUGUUUUGGUUUUUUCUUUCAAUAAACAUCGGGGACGAAAUAUAGUUUCCACGUUAA